CCCGCGCUGAAAGGAGGGGCUGGACGUGAGGAGAUAAGCCGAGGCGUGGGGGCGACUGUAUGGUAUAUAGAGGCUGCCGUUUUGUCCUCUGUCACGUCCUCCGCCUCUUCCUCUCACGAUGCUGCUGCUCAGCUUUGCCCUACUUGUCCUGGCGACGCGCUCCCUCGCGUACGACCCCGACGACUUCAUCCACUCGCUGGGGGCGACCUUCUGGGGGUUCUGGGGCCAGACCGAGGCGUGUCCCGAGGGGUCCUUCGCCUGGUCCUUUGAACUCAGGGUUGAGCCUGAACAGUUUCUGGACGACGACACGAGCGUGAACGCCAUCAAGCUGAACUGCUACAACACGACGGGGGCCUUCACGGGGUCCGUCACCUCCUCCUCCAUGAACCGCGGCAGCUGGAGCGGCGAGUACCAAUGCCCUGAGGGGGACUUCCUCUCGGGCUACGACCUCAAGAGCCAGCCUGACGAGGGAGCCCUGGGAGACAACACCGCCGCCAACGCGCUCCGCAUGUACUGUAAGUCCCAGGGGCAGGACACUUUCCUCGAGUCCCCCGGCACCAAGUGGGGGGCGUGGCUGGGGCCGUCCUUCUGCAGGAUGGACAAGGUAGUGUGCGGCCUCAUGACCCUGGUGGAGGAGGACCAGGGCACCUUCUCGGACGACACGGCGCUCAACGACGUCCGCUUUCUGUGCUGCGACUUACCCGUGUGAGGCGCCGACCGUUUGGGGUAUACAAGGAUGCACAAGGAAGGAGACUGCAAAAGACCACUCGGCCCGCACGUGUCAGCUCUCGAGACCCAGCUAUUCACCAUCCGCCCUCAGAAGCCAGGAAUCGCAUUUAAUCUUAUUCGCAUGCAGGUGGCUAAGUUGUUCCAUUGAUCCACUCGGCAUUUGAUCAAGCUCCUCUCUGCCUCCUUAAUGAGCCUGAAUGAUUGGUUCCUCUCGUCUUGUAUAACCUCUUAGUGCCCGAGUUGUACGUUUACGAAAUAUAUACAUUGACUUGUG